AGCGGAAUCGCGGGAAAAACUUACAGCAAGUGACGUAGUCCCCGAUGACACCAUUUCCGUUGCGACUGAGGACAACUUUAGAAACAAAUUGCCUGUUGAAUAGUUCCUAGUUGUGACACAGAAGAUGUUUAAGUUUUUCGGAUUCAAGAAUGAUGGAGCCAGAAAAUCCUCUGAGAAAGAAACUGAUGGAUUUGUCAUCAUUGGUGAAACUGCCGAGGAGCAGCGACAGAAGGUUCAGUCCAUGAACAUUGAGCAGCCAGCAACAAAUGUAAUAGUACAACCAUCUAAGCCAUCCAGUGCCGGGAAGAGAGGAAUCACAGAGACGGCUCAGCCUUCCUCCGAGCCCACGUCUGCCAAGAUGUCCUCAGAAGCAAACGCUGUAGACGCCACCCCGGCCCUCCCUGAGCUUCUAGGAGACAUACCUUUCACUUUAGCACCACACAUCCUUGCCAUGCAGGCGGGCCUGCCCUUUGUAACAGAUUUCACCUUGCCUCACAACAUAAAUGACAAACUAGCCAACUUUCGUUAUGACUUCACCUUGGAGAACUCUGUGCUUUGUGAGCCAUGACUCUUUGCCCCUCAGUUAUAUCACUAACACGUGGUGAACUAUGAGCCUUUGCUUGUCAAGAUUCUCUAACCGUUUGCCUCUUAAAUAAAUGAAGAUCUAGUUUAGCUGACGAAAAUCAGUCACUAACUAAAUGGUGUUGGGCUCAAAUGAACAUAUUGUCCUUUUAGUUUAAAUAGGUUCGCAUCAAGACAGUUUACAGUCUCUCAGGAUCUUGCACUUGAUUGUGUGAGAUGAGUGUUACUGCCCUGUUUUUAACGCAGUAGAUGAGUAUUUAUAAGAUGACCUGGGGCUUUACGUUUUUCAAAUGUAGUUCAAAUAAAUUUUUACGGGUGUAAAAUUUGUGCAAUUUAGCAUUUUGGCUCUGUGGGGUCCUGUAGCAUAAGAUGACAUGCUGAACUGAAAUAGGGUUGUUUUGAAACUGCUAGUAGUUGCAUUGGGCUGUUUGACGUUUCAGACGUCACAGUCUGUGUUGGCCUUCCUCAGUUUUUUCUUACUUCUGCAGAAACUCGCUGUAAUUUAUGGAUUCGGUUUUAAGACAUUUGCUUGCCAUGAUACACAGAUUACUAUAAAAUAAUCUCUCAAUGAACUUUAAACAUAUCUAAAAUAAAUUAUUCUGUAAUAGAAGUAUUUAAUUAAUAUGCAAAUUAUAUUUUAAAAAUGGCAAUCAUAAGGGCCUUUGGGAUAGUCCACUGUUUACUGUAACUCUGUAUUUAGUUCCUACUGUAUAAACCUUAAAAGCGAAGCAAAACACUCCCCGGGCUGCUAUUGGUCAGUCAAACAGAUAGUCCAUCCUACACUGUUGCUAUUGGUUGAGUCAGUGUUGCUGUGCCGGGGUGGUGGGGAUGCUCAGCAGAACAAUGUCAUAAUAUUGACGUAGUGUUUGCACUUUUCAGGGGAAUCAGUCUAGAUCAGGGGUGUCAAACUCAGAUCCUGGAGGGCCGGAGCCCUGCAGAGAUUUGUUCCGGCUCUGCUCCAACACACAUACCGUGUAGUUUUCGAAUAAGCCUGAAGGACUCGAUUAGUUGGAUCAGGUGUUUAAUUAGGGUUGAAUCUAAAGUGUGCAGUGCUUUGACCCUCCAGGUAUUGAGUUCGACACCCCUGUCUAGAGUAUAACUUCCUUAUAGUUGUCUCUGCAUAUUAAGCUGGGAUGUGAAGUAUUUUUACAUGCAUCAUUUAAAGUUUCUUAUGAAAGGAUUGCACUUAAAAUCACCAGACAGACAGUGGAGUGCUCAUUAUAAAUAGGCUAAUAUUAUAUAUCUUUGUUUGUAAAAGUGUUCUUUUUUUCUUUUGUUGGUGUGAGUAUGCAUACCUCAGCUGGUGUUUGGUUUUAAUGCAUGAAGUUUUGAAGUUCUGCUUGAACGUAACACACCACAUUUUGGGAGGCAGAUAUGUAUUCUGAACAAAGUUGGAUUGCAAAACAUGCACAUGGGUUUUAGUAGGAUUUACUUUUUUUGUUUGAGCAGGCCACACGGUUUUUGAGCAUUUUUGUGUGUUUGUUGUUUUGUUUUUUUCUUUCAUCUGAAUUUCAGUUAAUGGUUUUAUCAUAGUGCAUGCUGCUAAUUACACAAUGCACUUAGGAGUUUAGCUGUGUCUGCUUUAUACCCUUUGUACUUUACUUGAUAGCAGAUUAGUUUAUUUAAUUGAUACCACUCAAAUCUCACUUUUGUUUAUUUAAAAAAUAUAUAGUUUUAUUAGUCUUUGUUUUGAUUUGCCUGUCUUUCCAAUAUGGUUAUUUCCUCCUUACCUAUCCUUUUCAAAACACUGUACUGAAGUAGUCAACGUUUGCCUUGUGCUGUGUUUGGUCAAUAAUAAAAAAAAAUGACUGUAAAAUAAUUUAAUGCCACUUCUUCAGGUAAAAAAUUAUGUCAUCACCUUAACUCCUCUGUUGGAUUCUUUAUCGAUUCAUAUCUGGAACAGAAUUAAUUAUUGAUUCUGAUCCCACAUGAUGCUAAAUUCUGUGCAUGAGCGCAAUGUAAUACGAUGAUGUUUCAUUAAAAACUUCUUCGAUAACA